AUGGCGGCAACAUCGAUAUGUGUACACCGCGGACAUCGAAAAGAUGUACCGCCAAAUUUGAUCGACUCUCGCGACCGCGAUUUCCAACGGAUUUUAUGGAUAGAUGAAUCGACCGACCGAGUUCAGAAGUAUCAAUUACUAACAGUCACAUAUGGCACCGCGUCGGCUCCCUUCCUCGCCCUUCGCGUACUUAAGCAAUUGAUAAUUAACGAGGGCGGAGCGUUUCCACUUGCGUCUUCAGUUUUGACGAAUCACAUCUAUGUCGACGAUGUGCUGUUCGGCGCGGAGGAUAUACCGUUGCUGCGUCGCGCGCGUGAGCAAAUAUGUGACCUCCUUGCGAAGGGCGGAUUUACAUUGUGCAAAUGGGCCAGUAACAAAUCAGAAUUGCUCAAUAACAUUUCGCCAGAAAAUCACGGCCUGGCUUGUAACCGCCCAUUAAAGCUCGAUGAUCACAUCAACAUUCUUGGACUUUCCUGGAACCCCGUGGUCGACGCGUUUCAAUUUAGCGUCUUGCUAUCAACAUCAUGUCCACACACAAAACGCUCGGUGCUAUCCGCGAUAGCAAAGUUAUUCGAUCCGCUUGGCUGGGUCACUCCCAUAACAAUAACCGCUAAGAUUUUUAUGCAAGAAUUAUGGCGCCUUCAAAUCAACUGGGAUGAAGCAUUGCCCCCACCUUCCUCCACCCGCUGGGCAAUUAUUUACCGAAAUCUGUCCCAUCUCAACGGAUUAAAAAUUGAUCGAUGGACCGGUCGCGGGUCCGAUACAGCACGUUGCGAAGUCCAUGGAUUCGCGGACGCGUCUACGGCUGCAUACGCCGCAGUCAUUUACAUGCGCGUUAUCUCGCUAUCGGGAGACAUCACCGUGAAGCUACUGAUCGGAAAGUCACAGGUAGCCCCCCUCAAACCGAUGAGCGUCCCUCGUCUUGAACUCAGCGCCGCUACACUCCUGGCUAAGCUGCUCGAAUUUAUACGCGAAUCCUUCAAUUUUAAAAUAGACGCGUUUUAUUGUUGGACGGACUCUACCGUAGCGCUCGCAUGGGUUAGGUCCCAUUCCUCACGAUGGAAAACGUUCGUGUCAAAUCGCGUAGCGGAUAUACAAACUUGCGCUCCCGACGCUAAGUGGAUGUACGUAUCGACUCGCGAUAACCCCGCCGAAUGCGCGUCUCGCGGAUUGCUGGCGUCUGAGUUGACGCCAUCGUCAAUAUGGUGGCACGGCCCAAACUGGCUACAUCGCUCCGACAGUUCAUGGCCGGCACAACCUUCAUCCGUCGAUACGACUACGAGUGACGAAUCUAAGGGUGUUAACGCUCAUAUAACGUGCCCUCCCGACCGUUGGGACUUAGCGUCUCGCUAUUCUACGUGGCCUAAAUUAAUUAGAAUCACAGCGUACUUAAUUCGCUUCGGUGAUCGGUGUCGGCAGCGAAAAGGGAAAUCGAACGAUGACUCAAAAAAAUCCUUAGCUCUAACACACACCGAGUGCCGGUAG